AUAUAUCGAUUGUCCGCGUGGAAAGCCGAAUCUCACUCGGAUUCACACUCUCGAGCAUAUUUCACAAAGAAGAAAAGGACCAAAAUGGCGCCGCACUUGGCAGUUGUCUGUUGUACAAAAUAGGUUAUCGGGGUGUGCUGCAUGUUUCUGGUAUCGCGUGAGAUUUAACGAGAAACCCUAGGAAAUAUUAUGGUCUACUCUAGAUAAAAUUCGUGUGCACGGUGCGUUGUAAUCUCCCGUACAUUGAGUGCAUUCCCAGGGAUAAUGGCCGAAAAUGUUAUCACAAGCAACGACGAGCUCCUGAAAAACAUCAAGACACUGCUUUGGGGUUCGACGGUCAAAGAGGACGUCUUCAAGCGAUGGGCGCAAGGCUUUUCCUUCAGCGUGGACGAACCCACUGCGCUUGUACAAAGAGAAGGAGGGCCUUGUGCCGUGAUAGCCCCGGUUCAGGCAUUUAUUUUGAAGCAGUUGUUACCGGAGGGCGAUGUCGUGACUUGGAAGGCCAUCGAGGUUGACAAGUGUGAUCAGUUACUUGUAAAAGCAAUGGUUGAAAUUAUUAGUCAAGCCGCCGAUACCCAGGAUCCUAAGUAUUCAGUAGUGUACACUAAUCACUCGAACGUCUGUGCGUCUAGUAAAGAAGCUUCUGAUCCUAAAUCCGCGGAAUCUAUGGUGAAUUCGGCUGAGGAUACUAGCGAAAGUAGCCAAACUAGCAAAACGCAAGUCACAGAACAAACGCCGUUAGAAUCGGAGGUUUUUCAUUCUCAGCUGAGGAUACUCACCACAAAUAGCAUCGACGAUGUGGAGAACUUGUUUACGGAGCAAAUCGGAAUGUUGAAAGAUCAAUACGGUGUAUUACUGCUACUCUACACUGUCAUAUGUACAAAGGGGAUUUCAGGAAUAUGCUCGGAAAUGUCAGAUCCCACGGAACCCAUGAUCGAUUCCACUUACGGAUACGGCAGCCAGAGUUUGAUCAAUCUGAUGCUGACUGGUCGAGCAGUUAGUCACGUUUGGGAUCACGAUCAAGAUAUCGGCGGGCUAAAAUUACGUGGCAUAGAUAAACAGAAUACGGUGGGAUUCCUGGCUCUCCUGGAGCACUUACGAUACUGCGAAGUGGGAACAUUUCUGAAGUCGCCGUCGCACUCUAUCUGGGUGCUGGGGUCGGAAACGCAUUUAACUGUGCUCUUCUCCACCGAGAAGCGGUUAGUAAGCCCGGAGACACCGGCGGAACAAGCACGAAGAAUCUUCAAACGCUUCGAUCCGGAAGGAAACAACUUUAUCUCGGCGAAUUUACUGCAGGACGUGUUGGCAGAAUUAGGAUUGGUGGCCGAUGCGGAAUACGUCGACAUUAUGAGGAAGAAGCUGGACAAUGAGAAUCUGGGGAUAAUACUUCUCGCAUCGUUCAUGGAUGAGUUUUUCCCCGAGGAACGUUGCAUGUGUCCGGAUACGUUUGUCCUUUAUCACUACAACGGUCUGCAACGCAGCAAUCCGGAGAAUAGAGUGAAGUAUCACAAGGGACAGGCGGUGCUGCUUGAGUGCACUGUGAAGUGUAUCAUGGAUAGUAAUCCUAUGCUGACAGUCCUGCAGACAAAGUGGCCAAGGAUUGAGAUACAGUGGGACAUAGAACGAAAUCCUAGUUUAAAUUAGAAUUCACAAACUAUAAUAAUAUAACGGACGACGUAGAGUGACCUGAGCGAGCGCUUCUAUAUAGGAUAUCGUUGAGAAUUACCACUUCAAAACCGUAGUCUAGUCAAAUCGGCCAUCUUCUGAUUCGGAUCAGCGACAAACACAAUGAUAUCGAGUAAAUAUACCUGCCAAUAAGCAACAAUUAAUUAUUUUCACGGAAAUAUCUAGCGAUUCGUAAUGCAUAACGCAUAACUGUUGAAGACUAAAUGUAUCCUAUGUCUGAAUAUCGUAUCGUAUCGGGCUUGUUUCCCCUCCGCAGGAGAGCAGGUCGAUUCCCAUCUCACCCCCCCCCCCUUUUUUUUACACAAACUGUAAGAUUUGAUUGUAUGCAACGGAAUAUCUAUCGUUUUCUGAACGCUUCGUAAAAAUCCCUCGGCACGGUAGAAUUUGACGGUGGUCGAUUGUAAGUAACUUAAAAUUAACGCAAAAUCCCCCGACGUGGAUUUUAUUUACUUAAUGGUGCCGUUUCUACUUCGUAAUGAGAUCUCCCGUUGCAUUACGGCGGAAGGAUCCAGACUUCAUCAGGCGAACUUACUUGUAUAUGUUAUAUGGUGAACAUUAAGGUCUUACUAAAACAUUACAGGACACUGUUAUUUUAAAACUAUACGUGUAUUGUUAUUUCGCAACUCUCGUCGAGUAGCUCUAACUACGCUUAACGAAACAUGACGGUAAAAAUAAUCAAGGUCGAGAGCAAAGGAUUCUUAACAAAAGCGCUUUUUCAAUUAUUGAAGAUUUUAACCGUAUCUUUCGUCCGAUUACUAGAAUAUAUUCAAAGACAGAGCUAUAUAAAUUUGCUGAAAACUAAUAUGUGCGAAAUAAACUAUAAGUUCUCUAUCAGAAAGUGGAUACUUUUUGCCAAAUAAAUUUAAUAAUUAUUUGGUCAAUAUUUAUCUUCUAUUAUUGCAGAAGCAAAAAAUUCCCCACA